AUGCCUCGGGCAGUUCCUCCGCCGAUUUCGACUUUGACUUUAUGCAAGGCAAGUUGCAAUUCUUAUCGAGCUCAUUUUCCUUCAUUCUACUCACCCAAGCCUGAGAUGGGUUGGGCACAGAACCCGAAUCGUUCCGACCCAAGACACCCCCUCCAACGACGGCAACUUAUACCCGCCGAGCGCUCGGAGGUCAUGGACCCUUACAAGGGCCCGAGGAGGUUCAGGUUCGACUCGUUGGCGGGCAUCCGCUAUGGGGUACGUGCUAAGCAGGCGGCUUGUGGACAGUAACCAUACACCGUACUGAUCAGAAUCGCAUCCCUUGGGCAGGUCAUCUCCUCUACCCCGCCGCGAUCGCCCUCUCGCGCUACCUCGAGACCCACGCACCUUCACUCCUCCACUCCUCCCCCAACGACUCCAUCUCGGAUCCCAAAGGAAAGGGAAAAGUUAAACCCAAGCGCAUCAUCGAACUAGGCGCAGGUGGUGGUCUACCCGCCCUCAUCGCCGCGUUGGAAAGCGACCCUUUAACCAAAGUCGUCAUCUCGGAUUACCCCGAUCAAGAUUUGGUCGACAACUUGCAGCACAACAUUGCGUUGAACAGCUUGAGAGAAGACAAGAUUCAGGCCAAGGGUUUCGCGUGGGGUCAUUCUGUAGCGUCUUUGAUCGAGGGUGUAUGGGGGGAUGAUCAAGGGGAAGGGGAAGGGGAAGAAAAGUUUGAUGUGGUGCUCCUCUCGGACGUCGUCUUCAACCAUUCCCAACAUGGGGCUUUACUCGAGUCGUGCCAAGCCUUACUGAAACCUGCGCCCAUUGGAUCCGGUCGCUCGUCGGCAUCAUCAACAUCAUCCCUUCCCGUCCGACCAAUCGACCUCACCCCUCCCGAAUUGGACCUCCACUCCCCGCUCGUACUCUGCUUCUUCUCGCACCAUCGCCCGACCGACAUCCUCAUCAAAGCCGACAAUGGUCUGAUCGAACUCGCCAAAACGAAAGGAUGGAUCGUCACCAAAGUAUGGGAGGAUCCACAUGCCGGGGUCAGUACUUUCUCGGGGCAGGCAGGAUGAGCUUUCUUUGUACUGGAAGCCAACCUGACGUGGGUCUCUCUCUUGGCGGUGAUUCUAUUGGGACAGCCGGCUUUCCCGGAGGAUAAAGGCGAUUUGGCAAUUCGAAGUACUGUGCAUGGGUACGCGUUCACUCGACCCUCCCCCUCUCCUACAGCGACAUCGACAAAGGAGGCCUGA